AUGAAAAGUCCAAAUCUGGUCGCGUUUACCGAACAUUUCAAUAACGUCUCGUUCUGGGUACGAACACUUGUAAUCACUCCGUCGAAUCCAAAAGAGCGUGAGAAGUACAUGAUGAAAUUCAUCAAAAUCAUGAAGCAACUGCGCCGACUUGGCAAUUUCAAUUCUUACUUGGCACUGCUGUCAGCCCUCGUGUCCAGCCCGUUAGCUCGUCUUGAUUGGAACAAGACAGUGACAGACGCGUUAAGAGAACACACGGAUAUCAUGGAUACUGGUCAUUCUUACAAAAACUAUCGUCUUCUUCUACAACAGGCUACGCCUCCUACAGUACCCUAUAUAGGCGUCGUUCUCCAAGAUUUGACGUUUGUCCAUGCUGGCAAUUCCGACAAGCUCCCAGCUGAACGAUGUGGUGGUCGACGGGGACUGGUGAACUUCUCUGAAACGAUGGCAUCAGUACGCAAUACUUGA